AAAACUGCAGGGGUUGCUCGGUUCCACCUAAUGCCGAAGAUAUUAGUUGACUGUGACGGGACGGGACGGAAGAUUUGAACCGAGUAAGUUGUCUGAAAAGAGGCAUAGUGACAAGAAGCGAGCGGAGAAUGGCAUAAAACUCGGUCGACCAUCCAGCGAACCGCAGUGUACUCGAAUACCCUAGUUUGCUCGGCUUACUGGGCAGUACUCAAGGAAGCUUACAAAUAUCGGCUGCCGAGCGGUAGAGGGUUGAACGGUUCUAUACAGCGCGGACCUGUGAGAAAGCUCCAGCUCUGGUGACUGUGACCAGAACGUGUUGUUGUGAUCAUUUGGAACGACCACAUUUCUUUGAUUUUGUGCCGGCGUUUCUAUACGGUUAACCAGUGCUGUGUGUGACGCUGACAGGUUUACCCCGUGUUAAUAUACGGACUGCUACCGAAGAACGAGGUCCGGGGAAGCGAAGCGACUAUGGAGGCAGGCACGCUUAGCCGACAGCCCGUAGCCCAAAACCCUCAAGAUACAAUGGCUGGACUUCUAUCCUCCACAAGCAGCGCCACGCGGGCCACGCCCCCUUCCAGUGCACAGAUGAUGAUUGGUCAGAAUAUGAACAUGAAUAUGAAUGGCAUGCCCAUGUCUGCCAACAACAACAACAAAACGGGAACUGCCAACAACAACAACAACACAAUGGCAGUGAACAACAUGAGUUCUGUCUCCAACCAUUCCAUCACGACCACACCCACGUCCUCUACCCCCGGGGGAGGCCUUAGGACGUGCUCAGGAUGUGGGGAGAAGAUAUUAGAUCGGUUUCUUCUGCACGCUAUGGACCGUUUUUGGCACACGGCUUGCCUCAAGUGUUCUUACUGUCACGCCGAACUAGGCAACAUCGGGACAUCGUGCUUUACCAAAAAGGAAAUGCUCUACUGCAAAAAUGACUACUUGAGGUUGUUCGGUUCUGGCGGAAGCUGCAGCUCGUGUGGCCAGACGAUUCCAGCCAGCGAGUUUGUGAUGAAGGCUCAAGGGAACGUUUACCACCAGAAAUGUUUCACCUGUGUGGUCUGUCAGUGUCAGCUCGUGCCAGGUAACCGGUACAGCAUCCUUAACGGCAGUCUCGUGUGUGAGCAGGACUACCCCAAAGUCUUGAAAGGCCAUGUGCCCUUACCCAACAGACCUGCGCACAAGGUGUGUUGACCUGAAAAGACGAGGCUCUGGUUUACCUGACCCGCACGUGGUUGGUGAGAGUUAAGAAACUUGAAGGACUGAGUGCCAACACUUGAGCGGGGGCCGGACAAUGGUCAUUUGCAUUCGAAGUGGACGGCGAUAACCACUGGACGAAGAGGCUUUGUGUGAUUCCAGCCCAGAUCGCUCUAAGCCUUCAAAGCGAAUCUUCAUCUGGCGCUGAACGUUAGCAAAUAUUGCAUCGAAUUAAGAGAAAAAACAGCUAAGGGAUUUGGUCCAUACCUGAAUCCCCAUGAGAAAUUAAUCCCCCCCAAUAGGGUGUUAAUCUCUGAACAACUACAGACUCGUGCCUUGUUUUUCAUUAUUACGUCAUUUUGGCGUGGUUUAUUUGAGCACUCUUGUAUGGAGGUAACAAUGGUGGUGACACGGGAUUGCUAUCACGAAACCCCAUGAGUUGUUGUUCCCAUCUAGACGCCGAUCAUUCAUGAAAUGCCCACCCUUUUCAACCUCACCCCACCCUCACCGUUAUCCUACCUCCCCUAACUCCAUCCCCACCCUCGCAGUUCCGGAUUAUAUUCUGCAGGAAGGCCCGGAAGCUAGAGACCACGUGGUAUCCUUAGUAACAGGCGGCGUGGGCGAAACAAAAUUGUCCCCUUAAUGCUAGUGCAUAGGAAAUGGCUGUAUUUGAAAAGCUGUCAGUGAUGAUGUGUUCGAUAGGGUUGUAUAAUAUGAGCUUUCCAGAGGAGUUUUUCCUGUAGAGCUUACGUGGUGUGUUUUUUUUUUUUUUUUGGUACGGCCACGGCGUGCUGGUCGCUGACGGAGUGGCAUCAUGAGCUUGUUUCCAUAUGCUUCAAGGUGGGGUGGCUAUUUUGUUUUCGCCCACUCUAGAUCAGUCACAUGAUCUCCAACUUCCGGGCUGUCUUACAGAAUGACAAACUGAGGGAACUUUGUGUUAUUCUGCGAUGAUAUUAGGGAAUAGUAUGGUCAUACGGUACUUUAGGCGGAAGACAGACAGCUUAGAUUUCUGGAAGUCUUCAGCAGGACGAUCUGGUUUUGGAGAUUUCGUGUAGCGAUCAUAGACCAUCACACUCUAUUUCGCUUAAACGAUCAUUGGAGGACGGAUGUGAUUUUGUGCUGAUCAGAUCGAUUGUGAAAUUCACCGAAGUGAUAUUGGAACCUUUUAAUAUCAAGCAAGCACAUAUUACAUCAUAAACUCAAGUCCAGAUGUGAAUAUCAACUCCAAUGAAAUGCGUGCCGUCUACCAGUGUGGUACUGAUUCCUUUCACCCUAUAUGUUAUGAACUAAACAGAUCCCAUGGCAAUUGAUCUUGACAGCUAAACAUUUCUACCCUUCUGGUAUACGGAAGAUCUAGACAUGAAAACGGAUAACUGAGCCUUGAAGCUGUUGAUGGCAAUAUGUACGAAGUGGCCUUACAGAGAAACAAAGCCUUCCUUUUCCCUUUAACAUUAUCUUUUCACAUAAAAUUCGUAAAAUUAUUUGGUAUUUUUCAUCCUUUUUAAGGUUUUGAGGUAUUUUUUAAAAAAUGUUACUGAUAGUGCAUGAUGUAUCAGGAGGCAGAGUUCAGAAAUCACCAUCAGAAAAAAAACUUUGUGCGAACUUUUUUUCUCUGUAAACGGAAACAGCCAGUGUCAAAGCUCCAGAUGGCCACGGGCUUUAAGAGGAAAAUAUUCCGUUCCCACUUUCGUGAAUGUGGUGCAUGUGACACCGACUUGUCAUUAUUUUGUGGAAUAACGCUCCUUCUGUAACGCCUUUCUAACUGUCCCCUGUUUGACGUCCGUACAAGUAAAAUCGUUUGUCCAUAUGUAAAUAAUUUCCUCAUUCUAUAUUCCAGUUACGAUGCUCUAUUUUUGUCACCCAUUUUGGUCGUUUGUUGAUUGCAACUUAACAUGGAAUAUAUGUUUUCUGACGUUUUCU